GGAGUGGGGUUCCGGUGUAUUGAACUGUCAUCUUGUAGCAGUAGGUUAGAAUUAGCACAGCAUAGUUCGGGUUGUGAAAUGCGCCUGUGCACUGGCCGGACUUUCGCCGGUGCCACUCACCCUUUGCGUCGUCUAGCAGCGCCGCAUCUGAUCAUGUCAACGAAGCGCCAGAAAACCUCGACGCCCACGGCGGACAACGUGGCGACCGAGGCGGUGCCAUCUAACGCGGAUGCCCUCGCGCUGCACGCGCGCGGAAAGGAGCACGCGCAGAAGCUCCUCGACUUCAUCAACUACUCGUGGACGCCCUUCCACGCAGUUGAGGAGGCCUCCCGCCGCCUAGUGGCGGCUGGCUUCACGCCCAUCUCGGAGCGCGAGCCGUGGUCUGUUCAGCCCGGCGGCCGCUACUUCUUCACACGCAACCUGUCCACCAUCGUGGCCUUCGCCGUGGGCCAGCAGUUCAAGCCGGGCAACGGCUUCUUCAUGGUGGGCGCGCACACGGACUCGCCCUGCCUCAAGCUCAAGCCCGUGUCGCUGUCCAACAAGAGCGGCUACAACAUGAUCAACGUGGAGACGUACGGCGGCGGCCUGUGGUACACCUGGUACGACAGGGACCUGGGCCUGGCGGGCCGCGUGCUGGUACGGGAGGACGGCGCCGCGGCGGCCGGUGCUGGUACUGGUGCUGCUGCUGGUGCGGGCGGCAAUGGGCUGAAGCACCGGCUGGUGAAGCUUGACCGGCCGCUGCUGCGCAUUCCUAUGCUGGCCAUCCACCUGCAACGCGACAUUCACACCGCCGGCUUCAAGCCCAACCUGCAAAACAACUUCGCACCCAUGAUGGCAACAGCCGUCAAGACAGCGCUGCUGGCGCCCGCAGCCGCACCGGGGGCAGCGCCGCCCGCGCCCGGCUCGACCGCCGCCAAGCACAGCCCGCUGCUGCUGUCGCUUCUGGCUGCCGAGCUAGGCGUGGCGCCCGAGGCGAUUGUGGACUUUGAGCUGCACGUGUGCGACCUGCAGCCGGGCGUGCUGGGCGGCCCCCACCAGGAGUUUGUGUUCUCCGGGCGCCUGGACAACCUGGCAAUGAGCUACGUGGCGCUGCAGUCGCUGAUUGACUCGUGCCCCGACGCCGCCUCGUUGGCCGGCGAGACGGGCGUGCGCGCCAUCGCGCUGUUCGACCACGAGGAGGUGGGCAGCGAGAGCGCGCAGGGCGCCGGCGGCCCCGUCAUGCGCGACACCAUCACCCGCGUGGCGCGGGCGCUGGCGGGCGGCGAGGAGGGCGCUGUGGAGCGCACGCUGCGCAACUCGUUCCUGGUGUCAGCGGACAUGGCGCACGCGCUGCACCCCAACUACUCGGACAAGCACGACCCCGACCACCAGCCGCGCAUGCACGGCGGCCUGGUGCUCAAGCACAACAACAACCAGCGCUACGCCACCAACGCCGUCAGCGCCGCGCUGUUCAGGGAGGUGGCACGGCGCCACGGGCUGCCGGUGCAGGAGUUCUCUGUGCGCAACGACAUGCCGUGCGGCUCAACCAUUGGCCCCAUCCUGGCCUCCAACCUGGGCUGCCGCACUGUGGACGUGGGCAUUGCGCAGCUGUCCAUGCACUCCAUCCGCGAGCAGUGCGGCGCCGACGACGUGGCCAUUGCCUACGACCACUUCCUGGCCUUCUUCAAGGAGUUCUCGGCUCUGGACGCCAGCCUGGACGUGGACUCGCUGCCGCCGCCCAACAUCUCCGGCACCAUCGCCGACACGCCCUGCAACCACAUGCACUGAGCCGCUCGGCAUCCGGAAACACGGGAUGACGCACCAGCACCUCACGCCUGCUGCCGGACACACGCACGCGCCGCAGUUGGCUAGCUUCGGCACCUUUUGGAGCAAGCAGAGGUUGUGGGCUGGCUGCUAGCUGCUGCCAUGGAUACAUGGCUGCUUGCUGGCAUGGUUGCUAGGCGAUCGAAUGGCUUCAGUGGAGCAACGAGGAAUCGUGCGCACGGUAUGUUACAGGGCGCACGGAGGCAUGUGUACGUGUGUGUAGCAGGGGUGUGUGGCUGGAAGCGCAAGCUUCUGAAAUCGAUACAGCCGGGCGGAUGGGUGCUCACGAGGUGCUCACCAAAUUGAAGAGGGGGACUCUUGCGGGGGUGGUGCAGCAUCGGUACUUGGAGUGUCAUUCUAUCCCGCAUCUAGAAAGGGGCACGGCACAACUAUGCGGAACCGUCGUAUUAAACCAACGCGCUGCACCAGCAGUGCGGUCAUCGCCAAUAGGGCCACGUCAUCGCCAAUAGGGCCACGUCCAUGAAGUGCUGGUGACGGCUUUUACUCGAGCAUGUGGGUCUGUGAGGUCUUUGACACUCGCCCAUGUAACGCUGUGCUGUCUACGGGAUAGCUGACCCCCGGCUCUCACACAAGUCCGGGUGACGCUAGUGCUUUCGGCUUCGGCUACAGAUAGCGGCACGUAGCGGCAGAGUUGGCGGAUGGGGCUCGUGAGCGUGCCACGGCCACGGCCAGAAGGAGCAGGCCCGCAGUGCUCAGCUCGAUUGGACUAUUGUCUAUGGCGCAAUGUUUAGAAGGUCGCUGAAGGUUGAUUGCUGGCGGGCCUCAGGAAGCGGCAAAAACGAAAUGCAAAGCCUAAGCGGGGCCCGAACAACGCUCCUGAGUAGCCCCAAGUGUCGAUGCCCCAAAUUUUGGUCGGCCCGCGCCCCUCCUGUCCUAAGACGUGACCUGCGCGGAAAAGCAUUUAAAGUGAGAAAUCUAUACGAAUUGCAGCCAGCAGCGUUGAAACUGCGCGGGAGCUCGGGUGACGGUUGCCGUCAACCGUUCGUCCCGAUUAUAGCCUCUGAGAUAUGACAGUAUAUAAUAUGAAG